AUGGCCGACUUCGACACCAUCUCGGAGCUGGACGAGGAGGACGAGCGGGUGGUGAUGGACGAGGACCUGCUCCAGCACAUGACCGACUCGGUGGUGAUUCGAGGGGCCGGACACAUCACGGUGUUUGGUCUCAGCAACAAAUUUGAUGCAGAAUUUCCCAAUGUUCUUACAGGAAAGGUGGCUCCAGAGGAAUACAAGACGAGCAUCGGUCGGAUAAAUGGGUGUUUAAAGAAGAAUCUUCCCAUUAACGUCAAGUGGCUUCUGUGUGGUUGUCUGUGUUGCUGUUGCACCCUGGGCUGCAGUCUUUGGCCGGUCAUCUGUCUUAACAAAAGAACUCGAAGGUCCAUACAGAAGUUAUUAGAGUGGGAGAAUAACAGAUUGUAUCACAAGCUUGGUUUGCACUGGAAGCUGAGCAAAAGGAAAUGUGAAACCAGUAACAUGAUGGAAUAUGUAAUACUGAUAGAAUUCUUACCCAAAUUUCCUAUACUCCGACCCGACUGAAGAAGGCUCGGCCACCGUGAAGUGAAAGCAUAUCAUUCCUACCCUUAGUGCCUUGUGGAUUUCUGAGCAAAAGUGUCAACACACCUGUUUUAAAAAUGUCUCUAGUCCACUGUAGUGAGUGUAAACUACCUUUCUAGUCUUUCCUUUACAAAGCAUAUUUUGCACAUGUAUUAUUUUUUCCCUUUCUCUAAAAGUGUUGCACUCAAUCUACGAUCACAAACAUCUGGUGAAUACGAAGGUGUUCACUUUGAAAGAAAUCAGCUGUUGUAAAUAAUGCUUCAGUCCAUAUUGUACAGUCUGCUGUAUGUCAAUGUUUACAGAAUUUAAUAUUGCUUCACCGCCAAGCGUCUGAAAUAUGGAAGGACUUUCUGUUUGCGAUUGAAGUUAUUUUUUUUGGUGCAAAUGUGGAUUUGUAGGAUCUUUUCGUAACUAGAUUAGCCAUGUAAAUGGAAAAGAAAGUGCCUUUGUAUUACAGUAAUUACAGUAGGAAGAGUUACUCCCAUUGAAACACAAGAACAAAUCUAAACUACAAAGAGCAGAUGACCGGGGAAUCAAACCAAUGUCUCCAGAGAUGGAACUAGCUGUGCUUCUCAAAGAUCCUUAAUCCAUAUUACUGUCUUCUGACAUGUAGAGUAUAAAAUGUAUUAUAGUCUUAGUACAGAAUGUUUUUUAUUUACUUCAGUAUAAAGGACGAAAUGGAUAAAGGAUUCAGUAUUUCUAAAAAGCUCAGUCUUCUGUUGGAACCUGUAUUUCACAGCUAAUUCUCUACCUUACCCCAGCCCUCCCCCAAACCUGGUGCUAUUUUCUUGUGUGAAUCUCCCCUAGGUUUGGAACUCUUUAAUGAAGAUUUUGUUUUGUACUGAAAAGAAAUCUGUUACCCUUCCGAGAACCAGUAUAUUUUGCUUCAUUAUUCAUGCCCACGUGAAGCAACCAUCACAGAAAAGCUGUUACACAAGGGUUUUUUAAUCUCUGCUGUUGGGAAAGAUUUCAUUCUGUUUCAAACGGACAUUGCGAUAAAGGAAAAUCCAGUGACUUUGUCCCGAAAUAAUUAAUUUCUCUCGCACCAAAGCAAAGCGUAUUUUUGUAAGAUGUAGACGCAAGUCACAAACUUCUUAUAAUAUCUAGCUAUCUGUACAAUAACUGUAAUAUCUGAUCUACCAUUUUAUGAACCUGUAGAAUUUGUGGGGCUUUUGUCUGUUCACCGAGGUUUGGAUUGUGUGAUAGCCUUUCGGUAACUCUUACCUUCAGGCUUCGAGAGAUCAUCAGUAUAUAUACCAAAGUAUCAUCAAGCUUUUUCAUAAUGUAAAGCUAACAUAAAUUGGGAAUUUUAAUGAACCCUUAACAAAUUUACCUGUUAUUGAUUCCAUCAACUCCCACAUACCCUGAGGAGACAGUAGACCACUAUAGUGGAAGCUGCAUUUAGAUUUAACCAGAUUAAGCUGAAUUAACUUAUUUUUGUUUUGCUAUUUCUUUCUCCUCUCUCCCCUUCCCCUCUUCCCAGUAAUUGAACCUCAUCUUAUUUUGAAGGACAUAAACUGUGGAUUUUAGAAUUGCGAUUGCUGUAUUAUAUCCUUAGCCAGUAAUAGGAUGAAUCAGAACUGAACCAGAUAUUUCUCUCAUUCUGUCGAGCAUGAUUUUUUAUCUAGUCUUGUUGAAGCGAAUAAAAUCAAUCCAGAAGAAUUGGGUGCCCAGACAGUAUGGUGGAAGUGCCAAAUAUAACCGUAUGGUUGUACCUGUGGAAUUUGCUGUCAAAGCCACUAUCAAAUUUAGCAAGUUAGAAGUGACUGGAUUGCUAUACAAUGAAACCAAGAAAUUUGUAAGUCAUCUAAUUGAAUUUGUACCACUGUUAGCCCCAGACUGUUGUUUUCAAGCUCCGCCACUGUUAAGCGCCCCAACAUGCUACCCCACAUGAAGGGCGCUGUAUAAAUGCAAGCUGUUGUUUUCAAUAACGUCUAUAAUUAUGAUUAAGCAUAGAAGAAGUAAUGAAAGCUGAAUGGAAGCUCCACCAGAAAAGCAUGUUUAUUAUCGUAUUGACGCUCAUACUCGUCCUUUAGAUUAUAGCUAACACCACUCCUGCCGCGUCUUCUCACUUUAAUUCCAGCGGGUCACUUGAUUUAAUUUCGAGUGGGUUAUUUAAAUGCUAUCUGAUUGCAUUGAUGUUUCUAGAGUCAUAGCAGUAAGAGGAAGGGGUGAGUCCUACAUUGUAUUGAGAUAGAGGUAUAAAACGUUUUGAGUUUGUAAAAUCUGACCGGGCGUUGUAUGUUUGGCAUGCUAGAUCAGUCACCAUGUUGGCCUGAUGAUUUUACAAAGCAGUUUCCUGCAUUCUGACUUUUUGUGUGCGUGUAAAUGUUUUACGUUGCUUUGUUAUACUUUAUUAUAAUUGUGCUGUUUGCCAGGAUUUUACAUGUGACAUAAAUUAGUAGGGGAAAGUUACGUUGAGAAGGUUCAGCAGUUACAGCAACUAUCAAGUGUUACUGUAUUACUGUCUGAACCCUGACCUAUUUUUUUAACCAGUCGGAAUCUGAAGAAAAUGCUGCAUUUCAAUUGUUUUGGAUGACCUAUUUUCGUAGAUUUUUAUUUCAUUGUGAUUUCUGUUUUAUUCGUUUAAAAGUGCCACAAAAAAAGAGAGGUUUGUUAACUGUGGGGGUCUAAUUGAUGGUUUUCUUGUUACAUUUCUUAAUGAGGCUCGUUCGUUGUUAACAAAUUUCUUAGAAGUCGCAAAAUGCGGAAGAAUACAAUUUUUCAAGGCAUUGAAUAUUUUUAGAAUUUCGACCAGUCAACAUUUCCCUUUAACAAAUCUUAAGAUAUAAUGCAAAAUCGGAUCCAGAUCUCAACAAAAAGAAAAGCGUUGUGUAAUUUGAAAUGCAGAUUAGUGUUGUCGAAGUGCUUUUCAUCAAAUCUGUUUCAAAGGUUAUUAAUGAAACCGAAUGAGACUAAACUGUCCUCGGGAUGAAGACUGCAACAUGUUAGUGUAUAUGGCUGUGCAUUUGAUAAAAAGCAACUGUGGUCAACGCACUGUAUUGAAAAUUGCAGAACAUAGUUCCUGUGCGUAACAUUUGAUUAACUCAUUUUAAUUACCGAGUCAAGUUUUUUUUUCAUUGUUCAAAGAUCCAGAUUUCAGUGGAACUUGUCUUUAGUCAGUGCUUCUCAAGCGUUCUCAGGAGAAGAGAGUUAAUUGAAUGCAAAUAAGGCAUUUUAACUUUAAUAAAGGAGAAAACGUGGAAAGGUUCACUUUAAUGCAUAAUUCUUUUGACCUUUUUAAAGACAUGGGAAGAGGGAGAGAAGAAAACAGCAUUUUAAUAACUUGGGGGAGGGGGUUGGUGGUGUGGGGGCGAUUAAAACUACAAAUUGAAUACCGAACAUUUGCACCCCAUUGCAGUGACUUUCAUUCAGAUCAUCCACUGCAAGUGUUGUGUGCUGCAGACAUUGCUUCUGUGAAUAGUUAGGUGCAUGUUCAGUCAGCAAAUCGCUCUAUCUGAGGUGUGCGUACGUUUAAAUGUAUUAAUGGGUCUGGUUUAAUGAUCCGUUCUGAUAUGAUUUCUUUUCCCCCACCCAGCCUCAACACUACAAUUGCCACGAAUGAGUUUACUUUUAUUUAUGUAUUUAAUAAAUUGUACCCCUCCAGGUUGUUAAAAGUUUUAUGUUCUAUCAGGCCAUUCAUGUAAGUGCAUAAUUAAAGCAAAGUUAAGUAUAA